AUGGCGCUUGGCCUCGGCGUGCGGGCGGCGCCCUUCACGUACGCGGCGCACGCGCUGGCCGUCGCGGCGGCGGCCAUGGUUCUGGUCUGGGCCAUCCAGUUCCGUGGCGGGCUCGCCAUCGAGGCCACCAACAAGAACCUCAUCUUCAACGUUCACCCUGUUCUUAUGCUUAUCGGUUAUAUUAUUAUCGGCGGUGAAGCUAUAAUGGUAUACAGGGUACUUCCGACAACGAACCAUGACACAACUAAGCUGAUCCAUCUAAUUCUCCACGGGAUUGCACUUGUCCUUGGUGCCGUUGGGAUAUACUUUGCUUUCAAAAAUCACAAUGAGAGUGGGAUUGCCAAUCUUUACAGUCUGCACUCUUGGAUUGGGAUAGGAACAAUUGCUUUGUAUGGUAUUCAGUGGAUAAUUGGAUUCGUUACAUUCUUCUUCCCUGGUGCUGCGCCAAAUGUGAAGAAGGGUGUUCUUCCUUGGCACAUACUCUUUGGGCUCUUCGUCUACAUCUUAGCACUGGCUAAUGCAGAACUCGGCUUUCUUGAGAAACUCACUUUCCUCGAGAGCUCAGGCCUCGACAAAUAUGGCACAGAGGCAUUCUUGGUGAACUUCACAGCAUUGGUUGUCGUGUUAUUUGGUGCUUCUGUUGUGGUGGCUGCUAUAGCUCCAGUUCGCCUUGAAGAACCACAGGGUUAUGCACCAAUUCCAGAAAACUAG